CCGGGGCGUGGCGGCGCGGGGCAGGGCGGGAGGCGUCGCGUUGGCCACGGCCGUAAACAGCGCGGCAUGAGCCGGGGGGGGGGCACCGGCACCGAGAGCGGCACCGGGAGCCUCCUGCGGCGCCUCCGCGACAGUGAAACCAGAAGGCUGGAAUUGGAAAGAAAACUGAUGGAAUACAAAAAAUCUGAUGCAUACCUAAUGAAACUAAAGUACACGAAGCUGAAAAAAUACUUGGAAGAAAUAAACGAACGACAAAAAAGAGCUCUUCUGCGAAACCAGGCCAUUUUAAAGGAAUUGAAGCAGUUUGAAGCUCAUAUGAAAACUUCAAGUUCAGAGCUAAUUCAGAAGAUGGAAUGGUAUGGGAGAGAAAUUAAAAGUGUGUUAUCACUUCGAGAGGGCAACUUGUCAGCACAAGGUGACGAGAGAGAAUACAACAAGCAGAAUCCAUGGGUUGUGAGACAGGCAGGAAUUCACUCCGGGACAGCCAUGUCAAGAGGCUUAUAUCACCCAGCGACAAUCUUUAUGGGCCACCACACGUCAGCUGCCUGGAGCAUGCAGCAGAAAGCCCCCCAGGCUGCUGAGAGCCAUUUGGUGCCCAAGCCGUGCUCCCACAGACAGGCAGUGCUGAGCAGUGAUGAGACAGACAGAUGCCUCCUACGAGUGGGCAGUGACAUGCCAUGUACGAAUAAACGUGACAAACAAGAUGGGAAGGCAGAUGUCCUGGUGCAGGAGAAAAUGCCCAUCACAUCCAGAGUGGCAUUGGCAGAGAGCAGCAUGCACAGCAGCCUUUCUAAUUUAACAGAACACAGAAAUCUUGCUGAAUGCCACUUGCUGUCACCCAACAGAGUGAGUGUGGAGAGCAGGACUGCUUACUUAAACAGUGACACCUCAGUGGAGGGGGAGGAGGUGACCUGUGAGCACCUGGUAGCAAGUGCAGAAGACUACAAGCAGCCUGUCCCUGUGGCAUUUGUUCCUGAGCCCAGCAUCUCUGAGGAAGACCAGGAAAGCAUCCCAGGCCCUUCAUCACAGGGUGCUGAAGCUGCUCAGUUUUUCACUUUUCAGCUGGGGUGUUCUGAUGCAAGACAGCUCUAUGCUUCUGCUUUGCUUUGCUCACCUCUGUUGGCAGAGUGACUGUUGACAGAGUGACAUCCCCUGCUCCAUCCCUCAGGGUUUUGGCUUCUUUCUGCUCUUCACUGUGAGCAGACAAAUGGGAGGAGGAGGAUGAAGGAUGUGCAAGGCAACAACCAAGAGCAAGCAGCUGUACUGGGCUUUCUGCACCAGUGCCAGACCUUCUGCAGUCCUUUUCAGUGGCUCCUAUGAGGCUGCUUUGUCCUGGCAGCCUGCUUAAGAUGGACCUCAAAGUUUAGAGGGGUCCUGCGGGAUGCUCUCUGCUCAGCUGGAUGAUUCUUCUGUAAAAUAAAGCCUCCUCAUCCAUCCGUGGCAUGCUGUUCUUCUAGCAGAUGUGAGACUUGGUCAAGUCUAACCUGAGAACUGAAUUAGGGGGUGGCACAUCUGUUAGAAAGCGAAGAUUUUUUCUUUGGUGUGACCACAGGUGUCUUGAAGUAGUUUGAGCCUCAUUUUAAGAGUUUUAAUGUCAACAUAUUUCACUGGCAGCAUAGGUGACUUCUCUUUCAGGUUGAUUUCCUUCUCCUUCAAAUGCUUGUGCAGAAUAGCUCAUUCAUAUUUGGAAAUGCAUGUCAAGAACCAGCAUUUCCGUGAAUGAGGCUGGAUUAACUAUUACUUGUUCUGCCUUGUUUCAUGCUUUCUUGAGAGAUGCGAUGCAGGUUCUCCAGCUGGAAUGUUCUCACACAGGGAUGAAAGACUGUGCUUCCUCUUGAAGGCUGCUUCCCAACUUCUCACCUUUUUUUUUUGUCAAGACAAAAUGUGUUCUCUCCUGUUUUUACUGGAUUGCUUGCUUAUUUUGAAGUUAGCUAACAGACUUGUUCUUAAAGUUGCGGUGACAAAGAUUUGUCUCCAAGUAACAGUUUCUUCCAUUUUUAAGACCUGGCAGAAAUGCCAUGCCCUGCCAGUUAACACAGUGAUUUUUGACUUAAACUAGUUUUCCAGGCUGCAUAAGAAUAGCUAAAAUGGAGCUUUUUAAUGGAAACUGUUGGCAACCCUAGUGAUGCAGGGACUCCUGUUCUCCUGUAAUGAUCGUGGCUUUCUGUAUAGAUGAAAGCUGGCAUCCCCAUCUUCUGAUGAUCUUCUGUACUACUUGCUUUUUUUCUCCUGAUCCCUAUUGCUUUUUCUUUCCCAAAGAAAUCUAUUCGCCUCUGAUUUUUUUCACCUGGCACACUUCCACUUCUGUGCUGCUGUGAGAGGCUGUCCAUGCUGGAGCUGGGGGGGACGGGUGGCCCCUGGGCUCUGCUGGCAGCUCUGUGCUGCCCAAAGGAUGGUGCAAGGGGUCAGUGUUGUGUGGCUGGAAGAGCAAUGCUCCUUUCAUUUCUGCAGUGGGGUACCACUGCCUUCAGAGAAACCAUGCAGCUGGGUUUGAAAUUAAAAUGGGCAUUUUGUCACAGCAUGGUAAUCCCUUUGGGCUGCCCACAGGGCUUGCUAGGUCUGCUGCCAAGCGCAUGUUGCAGAGCGAGCAGGCUGAUGUCAGCCAGGUUCGAAUUUGUACAGCAUAGUCUUUCAGCUCCUGCAAGUUGGCCCUUUGUGCUGCAAGUGAGGGGAGCAGAAGAUGCUUGGCUCCACUCUACAUAGCAGGAGCAACGUGUGCCAGGCUUUGUGCAAGGAGAGGAGGUCCUGGCAUCGGCUGCUGUUUGUCACAGCCCUCCAUAAUUCGGGCCUGAGCUGAGCAGAAUGCUGGGUGCUGUACCAUAAGCAGCUGCGUGAAUACUGCUUAACUCAAACCCAUGGUGAAUUUUAUGGAAAACUGGGAAUUUCUGUGACAAUGCUAAUUUAUUCCAGCAAUUGUUGGUCCAUUCAGUUUUGGUGUUUUUUGAAAUGUAGGUGUGUUUUUUCUUUUUUGGCACAUGAUUCAGCCCUGUAUUCUCCCUCUUUAGAAAAGGUAAUUAAUGUGCUGAAUUUAAAAGCCUCUGGGCAGACAUUUCUUCUGCAAGGUUUAAAAAAACUGUGAAAGAAGCCUCUUCAGGUGCAUUU